GACAUAAGACAGUACAGACAGUAUUCUUUGCCCUACUUGUGUGGUGGCUGCCUAGUGUUUAUUUUCCACGUGUCCAAUUUCUCUGGUGUUUCGUAUCAUCCACUGGAAAACACUCACAUACGUGCAGAAAGAAAACAUAUCCAGUGCUUAGUCAGCCUAAGCCUUGUGUUAUUGUAACAUUAUUCUGAAUCAAACGACAUUUUGGUGCUGGAAUAGGUGCACUCUAUUUGUAUAAAGCAUGUGGAUAAUAUAUCAUUUGUGCGUGGGGGAUAAAGCUGGGCUCAAUCUGAAACAAUACAAUAUGAUGCCCGGUACGUAGCAUCUGUUCAAAUGUACUAUUUGAAUGCUCAGGGCUGUACGUUGUUUUGUUGCAUUCCUGCGGAGGGUUUGACCUUUGACCUGGUUGUUGCAUUCCAAAGAGGCUUGUCCUGCAGCAGCACCAGCCCUGCACUCACAUUGCUCCUGUGCUAGAGGAAGAGAGAGAGACGAUGUGUGUUCAGCUAGUUUAGACGAGGCACGGCGACAAUUAGCAGAGACUAGCAGACGACAUCGCAUCGUCCCGAGGAAGAAAAAAAAAAAAAGAUCGCCUUGUUCUGGCUCUUCACAGCUAACCUAGAACGUAGCAUUAGUUAGCCAUUUUGCUAAAGAGCUAAACCGCCAUCGCAGUGAGGUUGCUUUGUAGACACACAGCAGGAUAGCCGCAGACACCAGCGCAGAGGAGAUGAAGGACAAACAAAAGAGAAAGAAGGAGCGGACCUGGGCUGAGGCAGCUCGCAUGGUCUUGGAGAACUUCUCUGAUGCACCUAUGACGCCGAAGCAGAUCCUCCAUGUCAUCCAGACCAAGGGGCUCAAGGAAAUGCGGAGUGGUACGGCACCGUUGGCCUGCCUGGUCACCAUGCUCCACUCCCAGGUGAGGGGAGACCGAGUCAAGAACAGCAUCUUCUUCAAGCUGCCUGGGCGGAUGAGCCUGUUCACUCUCAAGAAGAACGCCCUCCAAUGGACAAAGACGACCUCAGAGUCGGAGACUGCAGCGGAGCCGGCCAGCAGCACCUCGGCCUCCAGCAGCAGCACCCCGGCAGCAGGCGGCGUGGCCUCUGCCCCCCCCACCCAGUCUCCUGAGCAGGAAAGCUGCGACUCCACGGAGACCACGGCUGCUGCCAGUGGCGACAAUGAUGCCUCGGUGGAUGAGAGCUCGUCAAGCGCAUCCUGCUCCGCUGAAGUGCCGGCUCCCAGCAACCAGCCCCAGACGCGCCUCAGCAGGGCGGCAGGGCAGCAAGGACGCACCGACACCCAGCAGACCCAGCACCCUCAGCACACUCAGACCAGACUGAGCCGCUCAAGACAGUCAGGGAGGCAGAGGAAGAAAGCAGUCAUGAUGCCCCGUGUUGUCCUCACCCCUCUUAAAGUGAACGGAGAGCAUGUCCCCUCAGGCCCCAUGAAGAGGAAUCGAGGCGGGGUGGACGUAGACUUUGAAACACCAGGCUCAAUCUUGGUCAACACCAACAUCAGAGCCCUCAUCAAUGUGCGGACCUUCUCGGCCUUCCCCGCGCACUCGCAGCAGCAGCUGCUGCAGCUGCUGCCAGAGGUGGACCGUCAGAUUGGACCAGAUGGUAUGGCUAGACUGAGCAGCUCAGCUCUCAACAAUGAGUUCUUCACCCAUGCCUCCCAGAGCUGGAAAGAGAGGCUGGCGGAGGGUGAGUUCACCCACGAGAUGCAGGUGCGUUUCCGGCAGGAAAUGGAGAAAGAGAAGAAGGUAGAGGCGUGGAAGGAAAAGUUUUUUGAAGAGUACCAUGGGCAAAAGUCUGGUCUGACACAAGAGGAGUCCCUGAAGCUCACCAUGAGUGAAGCCGGUGAAGUUGCAGCCGCUGUGCUGGACACUGAUGUGGCGGCGGUGGCAACUGGUGCGCCCAAGAGACGCAGCGUUGGUCGACGGAGGAGAGAUGGCAGGAUGAGGAGACGCACGCGGGCUGACCUGCGUCGGCGCGCCCGUCGGACCCUUUGCAAGGCCGCCACUCCUCCAGCCCUGCAGUCUGCAGAAGCUGCUGAGGCCGGCGCCGCCCUGGACAGCCCGGCCGUUUCUAUUGGCUCUCCCAUGUCUGACAACACGAUUGUUCAAGGGGAGGUGGUGCUGCAGGCCGAGUGUGGCGUGGAGCUCCCACCUGAGAGUGCCUCCAUCGAGCCAAAGGCCUCUCCCACCCCCGAGCCAGAGCCAAUCAUAUUGCCAGCCCCAACUGCCACUCCUGCACCGACUGCUACUCCCAUUCCGACUCCAGCUGCCACUCCCGCACCAACUCCAGCUGCCACUCCCGCACCAACUCCCGAACCAAUUACCACUCCCACACCCACUCCCACACCCACUCCCACACCCACUCCCAGCCCAGACUCCACAAGCGCUAAUGAAGAGCCUGAAGCAGCAGAAGCAGAAGCAGCAGCAGCAGCAGCAGCCCGCCUGCUCCCAGAGGAGACUCUACCUGUACUGGCGUCCACCUCCUCCCCAUCUUCUUCCUCCUCGUCCUCCUCUUCCUCCUCCUCUUCUUCGUCUUCGUCUGCCUCCUCGCCGGUUUCCUCACCCUCCUCACCUUCUGAUAGACAGGGAGUGUUUGCUGCAGGCCUGGACUCCUCUUCAUCCUCCUCAGCAUCCUCCAGUGUCGCAGUCGUUGCCGACCCACUGGAUGACACCGCCUCUGUGGUCACCUCCGUUACAGGAGGUACCACCACCAGCAGCCGCGAGAGUAGCCCCUCAGCCAGCCCAGCCGCCACCCCUGUGCCCAGCGCUCAGACCAAGGAGCAGAAGAGAAGGCCAGAUGAGACUCCGGCCUUCUCUAGCUUUCCCGAAAAAAGGCCGCGGCUUGACGAGCGUCAGUCCUUUCGUACCACAAUUGACGGUGUCCGCUCGGAGAAGCCGCAGCCGACAACAGAGGAGCCCAAGGUGCCGCCUAUCCGGAUUCAACUGUCCAGAAUCAAACCCCCCUGGGUCAAAGGCCACCCCACCUACCAGAUCUGUCCCCGGAUCGUGCCCCCCGGGGAGGGCUCGCGGCGGGCGGGGACGGGGGGUGCGCGCACCUUGGCGGACAUCAAAGCCCGUGCCCAGCAAGCCCGGGCCCAGCGCGAGGCCGCUGCUGCUGUUGCAGCCUCUGGCGACGGGACAGGGGCGGUCGGGGUCAGGCUGCGGCCUGCUUCUGGGGUAUCGGAUAGCAGCAAUGGACGACGAGCGCGAGAGCAUCCAGGACCUAUCGAGCCAGGAGGAGGAGGAGGAGGAGGAGGAGGAGGAAGAAGAAGAAGGGGAAGUGGUGGCAUGGAGGAGCAGGGAACGUCUUCAGGCACAAAUUCGUCUGGAACACAACUACAGCUUUUCAAUGUAGAGCCGACACCUGAGCCAGCCUCCUCCCUGUCCACUACCUCAACCUCCAUGUCCUUGGAGACUCUAAGCCCUCCUCAAGUGGAAGCGGGGUCAGAGGUCCUUGAGGAAGUAGAAACCACGUCAGCCGGUGUUCCGAGCUCCUCCAAUGGGCUCACCGACCAGGCAGCGGACUCGCCCUCUCCAAAGGCCGAGGCGCCUGAGCCUGCUGCCUCCCCCGUAGAGAUGGCUGACCACGGUUAUUUAAAACCCUCUCUGGCUCCAACCUCCAUCCCAGAUUCUCUCCCUAGGUUUGGGGCUCAGGGUGUGGAUGUGAUUCAGACACUGGCAAGCUCCUGUCACUCCAAAGAGCAGGCACAUGGGAGGGAGGCUGGGCUGGGUGGCGUUAUCCAUCAUGGUUCCUACCACGUGGAAUCCCAGGAUGCAAUCUCUCACUCCGCUGCAAAGAGACUACAAACAGAGACAUCCUCCCCCCAACAUGCAGACUCUGGUGGUGAGAAAGACAACGACGCUGGGACACAUAGUGACUCCACGGAGACGGCUUCAGAUUGUGAGAAUGAUCUCCAGGAGGAUGAGCAGCAGCAGCAGCCUGAACAGGCUUGGUGCCCCCAAGUGAGCAUCAAGCGAAACGGCCAACUGGUCAUCCGCAGCCCUCCUCCCCAGAACCAGCAUCCGGUCAUCCAGGCCUACGUCUCCAGCCGCCACGGUCAGACCGUCAUUCAGCCCUGCUUUCCCAAUGGACUGCUUAACCCGCAGCACGGUGGUCUGCAUUACCAGGACCACCAGUCUGCAUCCCACCCACAGGGGGUGAGGGACACCAACGUUGUGGUCAAAAUGGAGCCAGGAGAAGCUUCCAGUGAGAACCCCGCUGAAGAGGAGUAUCAUGGAUGUUCAAAGGCCUCUGUCGCCCAGCCAACUGCUACCGCUGCAUCCAAGAGACUGGCCAGCUCACUCAGGCUGGUAUCCAGUGUAGAAGCCAACAACCCUUUGGUCACUCAGCUACUACAGGGCAGCCUGUCCCUGGAGAAAGUUCUACCUUCACACUCUGCCAACCGGCUGGAGAUCAGCCGAUUGGCAGGACCUCAACCCAGACCACCAAUGGCACGGACCCCAGGGCCUCGCAACAGGCCAGAGGUCUUGGCUCAGUCUUCUGGCCCAGAACUGGCUGCAGCCUCUCAGAUACCCAACCAGUUUCCAACAGGAUGCCCAGUGUCCUGUUUGAUGGAAGCGCCGUCUGCCACGCAGUAUCAGUCUCAGCAGGCUCCCGGGGCUGUCCCGGUCAUCACCUCUCUGCCACCCUCCUCGGCCUCCUCGUCCUUCAUAAGAAAGUCCGACCUUAGCUCUCAGACUGCGUUGGAGUCUGCAGUUAUAAAAGACCCCCAGGGUCCUCAGCCCUCGAAGGGGGUCAAUGAAGACCGGCCCCAGACAGUCCACCGAACCAUGCCUAAUGGACCCCUUCCUCCCCAUGCAGACCCCUGUCCCACAGAGGUGGCGCCUACUGUUAAGAUCAACUGGCGACCCUCACAUAUUCAGCCCCAUCCCUCACACCAGCUGCCGCUGUCUCCUACGCCCACAGUCAAAAAUGAAGUAGGUGUGCGGCCCCCUUGCCAGGCUCUUGCCAAAUCGUCCCCCAUUAAAACCAUGAGUGUUACAAAAAAGGAGCCGGGGGGCGCUGUGGACGGCUACCUGAGUGGAGGGGCGAUGGAGGGACUCCUCAACAUGGAGAUGACUUUCGCCAGGAUGGCAAAGAAGGAACACAGCAAAGCUACCUACUGCUCCGGCUCUCCCUCCUCCUCCCCCUCCGCCCUGCCCUUCCAGCUCUAUGGGAAGUUCCCCAAGCAUAGUGGUGUUGGAGGAGUAAGCUACACAGCCAACGUGUCAGUGAUGGACAAUGGCGGUUUCUCCCGGAGCAUGGCAGACAGCGUGCUCCAGCUGCGCCCCUGCUUGUCCUCCAGCCAGACCACCCUUAGUAUUCAGGCCUUUACUGACAGUACGGCGGACGAGGUGGCGCUCAAGUGCUCGUGCCGCCUCAAAGCCAUGAUCAUGUGCCAAGGCUGCGGUGCCUUCUGCCACGACGAUUGCAUCGGGCCCUCCAAACUAUGUGUGUCAUGUCUGGUGGUGAGAUAGUUUGUUGGAGGACCUGUGACUUCAGAACUGCUAUCUGUAGAGCAGCAGCAGGCAGGCAGGGGGGGGGGGGAGGCUGGUGUAUAGAAACCUGCUUUAGGGUGGAGCACACGCAAGGAGCCCCACAGGCAGGACUUGCCUUGUAUAAUAUAAUAAGUGGUCUGUAUUUUUGUUGGUGCAAAUUUUCUUUCCUUUUUUUUAGCUGUACUUUGUAUAUUAUUGUUAUUAAUAUUAUUAUCAUAAUUAUUAUUGUGAAUUUAGGGCAUGGUUGGUUUGUAAAUUGUGCCUUUUUUUGUUUUAUUUCCUCAAAAACAUUUACCUCAUCUUAUCUUGCUCCACCAGUCAUCAUUUGGUGGGUGUCAUUGUUUAGGUCUCCUGUUUCCUCACUAAACUGGGACCUACUGUUGUCUCUUUGCCCAAAGAAGUAUUUUUUUAAACAUUAAAAUGAGUAAAUGAUGUUGCAA